AACCCGCUUAAGUUUUCAAGGCUUCUUCUACAAUUCUCUCAUUUCGAAUUUGAUAAAGAGAGGAGACGAUAGUGAGGGAAGAGAGUGAGAGAGAGCUGUAGCAGUGUUUGAAAUCCUUUGGAUUGCAUCACCAGGAGCAAGAGAUCACGAUGAUCAUUUGUUGGAUUUCGUCAUUGAAGCUCUGAAGUUUUUUUUCGUCAUUCUCGUAUCAACUGAAUCGCUGCUUUCUAUUGUUGAUGAUAUUCAGUCUAAGAAACGGGGACUUUCGCUGGAGGAGAAACGAGAGAAGAUGCUUCAGAUAUUCUAUGAGUCUCAAGACUUCUUCCUACUAAAGGAACUUGAGAAGAUGGGGCCGAAGAAGGGUGUAAUUAGUCAGUCUGUGAAAGAUGUUAUCCAGAGUUUAGUCGAUGAUGAUCUUGUUGCGAAAGACAAGAUUGGAAUUUCUAUCUACUUUUGGAGCCUUCCCAGCUGUGCUGGCAAUCAACUUAGGAGUGUUCGCCAGAAACUUGAAUCUGAUCUUCAGGGUAGUAACAAAAGGUUAGCAGAACUUGUUGAUCAGUGUGAGGCCCUAAAGAAGGGAAGGGAAGAAUCGGAGGAACGAACAGAGGCCUUGACGCAACUCAAAGAUAUUGAAAAGAAACACAAAGAUCUGAAGAACGAGAUGGUACAAUUUGCUGACAACGAUCCAGCUACUUUGGAGGCAAAGAGGAAUGCAAUUGAAGUUGCUCACCAGUCGGCUAACAGAUGGACAGAUAACAUCUUCACACUGCGACAAUGGUGUUCAAACAACUUCCCCCAGGCCAAGGAACAGCUAGAACAUCUAUACACGGAGGCGGGAAUCACUGAGGACUUUGAUUACAUAGAGUUAUCAUCAUUCCCUUUGAGCUCAUCCCAUGAAGCUGAUACCGCAAAGCAGCUAGUACAAGAUGAAGCUUAGUUCUAAUACUCUCCAGCAUAACAGUUAAAGAAACAAUAGCUUAAGUAAAAAAUCUUUUCACUAUCCUUUUAAGUUUUCUGGUUUUAAAGGUUGCAACAGUCUGUAAUUCUCUAUGUGACCCAAUCAUCUAAUGUCAAAACUCGGUUACAAAUUCUGUGGUCAGAAAAGAUUUUUAUUUUCUUUGUAUCUGUCGGCUAUGUCCAAGCUUGGCUAUGUUUUGUUAUAAUAUUUUAUUGGAGUUAUAUAUAUAUCAUGCGUUAGUUGUUGACCCACUGGUUACUUCUUGAUAGCUGUAUUACCAUUUUAUAUUCUUUCUUGGCCGCUUUUUUCAGUCGUG